AUGAAUGACUUUCCGAUUCCACUUACAGAUUUGCCCAUUUACGCGUUUUCAAAUUUGUGUCAAUGUCCGAAGGACGAAAAUAAAAAGUGCUCAAAGGUUGGUCUUUUCUGCUACACGGACGACCCGGAAGUCCCAUGGGAACCGUGUUUUGUGUCCUGCCGAUCAAAAACCCACUGUACCAUAGAAAUCGACGAAACCAACUGCAUCGAUCCCCGUAAGGAAGUUGAUUUGUACCUGGGAUUGCGCAAUUUCACGAACGACGGGUUUGCCUGUUCGAAUUGGCUUCCUUCGAGCGGAAUUCCGGCAAGGCUACUGGAACUAGGUAAAAAAUAGCG